AUGGCCAGUGGUAAGAGUAAGUUCAAAAAGGCUAACCAGCCAAGUUUGAACAUCCGACCGUGCCCUAGGGCAUAUUAAAGAUACUCACGAGUGCUGUCCUGUUUGCCUUGGGUGAAAACACACUCAAGAGGCUUUGGCUCAGACCAGUUUGUGUGACCAUUGUCUCCGGCUGGGUUCAACUUCCAUUAGGUGUCAGGCUGACUUUGUGAGAAAUAUUGGGGCUGCUGGCAAAGGGUCUUCCGGUGAAAAGACAUUGGGAAUGGGGUUGUCUGAGGCCGGGAGAGAGCAGCAAUGGUGGUUGGAGUUGAUAGGGGUGUCAUCCCAGCUGAGUGAGGCUCAUUCCGGUUUCUCUGGCAGUGUUCAGAGUCCGGAUUCCUGGGAUGAUAUACUAUCCCUGGAUUGCUCUGGAGGGUUUUCAGAGUGUGAAUGGGAUGACAUCAGUCCGGAGCAGCCUAAAGCCCCGGCUUUGGAUUCAGUGGGGGAGAGUGAACCAUUGGUGGUUAAUGCACCUUUGAUGGAGCUGUGUCGUAGGGCGGAAGAUCACCUGGGGGUGGAUUGACCGUCUUCUACCCUGCAGCGGAAUUCCUCCAGGUUUGGGGGAAGGUAUUUACCUCCUAUCCCUGCCAGGUGAAGCGUCGCUUACCCCUGUUUAAAGAUUUUGCCUAUGAGCUAAAGGCGACCUGGGAUUCUCCUCAUUCAGCUAGGCUGGUGCUACCAGGUUAUGAAGAGUUCAUGAAUGUAGAGGGUAUGGAGGAGGCAGGGCUCAUUUGCACACCACCAAUGGAUGAAAAGCUGGUGAGUUACUUAGCUCCAGAGGUUAACAAGGGGGCUAAUCCUAGCAUGGUGCUUCCAAAUAAACAGUGCCGGUUCUCGUGGAUCAGCUGGACAAAGUGUACCAGCCUGAGGUUGUGGCAUCCCGGUCAUUGAAUGUGGCCACAAUGCUGCAGAUGUAUCAUAUCAAUUUGCUGCAGGAGCUGAAUAAGACCGUGGAGGCGGGGAAACCGGUUUCAGUGCUUCUUGACGAAAUCCGUGCUAUGGCUGAUUUUGUGCUGCGUCUGUCCCGCUGUACUAUCCUGGUUGACGUUGUCCCGGAUUCCUGAGAGGGACAGGCAGAUGUAUUUGGAUGAGCCAGUUUUGCCAACAAGGUUGUUUGGCUUGGCUAUGGAGUCCUUGCAGGCCCAUUUCAAGGAGAAACAAAAACAGGACGCAGCUCUACAGGUCCUUUUCCCACGAAAAUCCUUCGGACGGGCAGCACGGCAGGUCCUGAGGUGUGAAAGAAAGGGUCCAGGCCCUUUCUUGGCACAGACGCUGUGCUGAGUUGAAGGAGAGUGGGGUGAAACCAGAUUCUUCUGUGGCAUGGAAGAAGCAGACCAGGCGACCCUAGCUGGAGGCCGAGGGAGAGGGUGUGUUCUCAGGGCCCACCUUCCCAAGUAUUUACUGUGGCAACAGUGCUCCCAAGAGGCUCGGUCAAUUGGGGCAAGUUACUGGUUGCCAAAGUCCCCGACCCCGGUGUGAGCCGGGUAUCAGAACAGCGGUACCACAAUAACACAUUGUUUCUACCCAAGGUUCCUCGUGUUCAGGGGUAUCAAGAGUGCGGUAUCAUUCAGGUGUGGACAUAAUAAACACAGUUCCUUCCCCACAUUCAGACACACAGUUUUCAAGAGUGACGGAUAUGAAAACAAGCAUGACAAAAUUGUUUUUAUCCCAGUCCUCAGGGUGGCCCUCUGCCCCUUCAGGAGAUAAUGAAUGGAAGACUGGCAGCAUGCUCCGCGGGCAUGAGCAGUUUCACCAUGCGUGAUGAGGACGGUGACAAGGGUGUACAGUCUGCAGUUCGCUGUACCUCCGCCUGCUUUUCGUGGCCUCAUUACGUCAAUAGUCCUUGAAGUCCUAGCGCCUGUCUUGAGAGAGGAGAUUUCCUCUCUCCUUCAAAAGCAGGCUAUUCGGGUGGUCCCCAUGUAAGAAGAACAGAGCGGUUGGUAUAGGCAGUACUUCUUAGUUCCCAAGAGAGAUGGAAAAGUGCAUCCCAUCCUGGAGUUGUGUGUUUUAAACAAGCACCUCAAGGUUUGCAAGUUCAAAAUGCUCACACUUUGCCGGCUAUUGCAGUCGGUGCGUCCCAUCAAUUGGUUCACGUCCAUAGAUCUAAAGGAUGCGUAUUUCCAUGUGGCUGUACAUCCUCCCCACAGUAAAUUUCUGAGAUUUCAUUUCGAGGGUGUGGCCUACGAGUUUCCGGUCCUGCCUAUCGGCCUCUUUCUUUCGCCACUCACCUUUUCUAUGGUGGUGGAGGCGGCUUUGGCACCGGUGUGGUGCCAGGGGAUCAGAGUAUUGGCCUAUCUGGACGAUUGUCUGAUCAUAGCGGAUUCGAGGGAACAGGUGGAGCGCCACACUGACACGCUGGUUUCCCAUAUUCAGUCUCUGGGGUUCAUAGUGAAUCACAAGUAAAGUUGUUUGACUCCGACUCAGUGCAUUCAAUUUCUGUGUCUCAUUCUGGACUCGGUUCUGAAUCAUGCGGUUUUGUCCCAACAGAGGAGGGUAACAUUCCGGCUCUGUCUGGCACAGUUUUAGCUGGGGCAUUUGGUGCUUUUACGCUUGUGCCUGCAGUUAUUGGGUCUGAUGGCCUCUAUAAUAGCUGUGGUGCUUCUUCUGUUGAUGCGUCUGUUUCAGGGCUGGGUGAUUGCUACACGUCUGAAUGUAUCUUGCCCCUGCCGUCGGUUGCUCAAGGUAUCCCCAUCGUGCCUUAGGGCAUUGACUCCUUGGAGCGACCCACGACUGCUGUUGCAGGGGGUUCUUAUGGGCCAGGUUGUGUCCCGCAGAGUGAUCAUGAUAGACACAUCCUUACUGGCAUGGGGAGCUCUGUGUGUGGGCUACUUGGAAAGAUGGAUUUGGUCAACAGCGCAAAGGGUGCUGCAUAUCAAUUACCAAGAGCUACUGACUGUUUUGCCAGCACUGAGGCAUUUCCUUCCGAUGUUGGAGGGCCAGCAUGUGUUGGGAAGGUCCGACAAGCAGGACAUUAGUGGCAGGACAUAGUGUGCGGUCUCUCUCUCUCCUAAACCUGUCCCGUUAUCAGCUCGUAUGGAGCCGUGCGCAUUUCCUGUCGCUCAAGGUGACGUAUCUUACCGAUCUCUCAAAGUGGGUGAGGAUCUACUUUCCAGGAAGGGUCCUAUUGCUACAGAGUGGAGACUGCACCCCUCGGUGGUUGGACCGGUUCGGAAGGGCCAACGUAGAACUUUACGCAUCGAGAGAAAACGCUCGUUUUCAUCUGUUGGGGACAGUCCGUCAGGAGGGUUUGUUGUUGAUUCUGGUGGCUCCCGUUGGCCCAGACAACCCUGGUUCCCGGAGAUCAUCUGCUUGUUGGGCAGGGACCCGUGGAUGGUUCUGUGUCAUCGGGAUCUAUUGUAGUGGACAAUAACCACUAUACUUUAUUAAAAAUCAAAGUCCUUCCAUAGUUUUUGUGGAAUCAAGAAUGACUCUAUUACAAUUUCAACAAAGCCAGGCCAAUCUUCAGAUUCGGCCCCCUCUCUCUCUCUCUGCCCUAGCUAUAUAGUCUCCUUCACACACACCCUCGCUUAAAAUCCCUCCCUCUUCAGUUUCCCGCUCUUUAUCGCUCCGCCCACUUCCUUUGUCUAUGAUGGUGGCUAAAUUCAACUUUCAUUCAGUUCAGAAUCAAUGGUAAUACAAUCAAUCAGUCCCUUAUCUUGCAAAAACACUCAUGUUUAGUUUAAACUCUGUUCAACCCCGGCUCUCCUGGGCUUGAUCUGAAGACUGAUUGUUGGACAUGACAGGUCCAUACUUAAAUCUUUCAAACAUACACAAAACCUCACCCCAUCAUGCUGUAAUCAAUCAAGAAGAUACCCCAGGAGAGACAAAGGUUUAGCCUGAACUCUGUCCAACCCUGGCCGCUCCUUCCACUUUGUUUGAGGAGAGAGGCAAAAGGCCACAGUCUGGUUUCAGUCUCUCUGAUAAAGUAGGACAGCCAUGGAUUUAAGUAAGAGUGAGCAAUUCGACCCUAGGUCAGAUUCCCACUUUACCCACACACACACAGUGAAAUUACCCAAUUAAGUUCCUGGCCCAGCAACAAAGAAUUCUAACUCUAUGUUCGUGAUUAACCCAGUUUUAUCUCAUAGUCCACUAAAAAAUAUCCAUCACUAUUACCCCAGGUGCAUGGGAGAGUUUGGCACGCACGACCGCAGUUAAAGGAUCUGUGGGUUUGGCCCCUAAAAGGUUGAAUUUAACGGCUAGGAGUUUACUCUUGAACGGGAUUACAACUAUACAGUUGGCGCGUGCACCCUCUAUGAAAUAUACAUAUAAGUGGCACGCAGUUGGUGUCAGGUUAAAGGAGUUUCGUCUCUUUGGUGGACAUUUUGAUGUUCCUGCAAGAGCUUUUUGAGCAGGGCCUUUCUUUUGCGACAUUGAAGGUUUAUACGGCUGCCAUCUCGGCGUGUCAUGUAGGGAUUGACGGCUCUACACCGGGGUUUCAUCCUCUGGUGGUGCGGUUCCUGAAAGGCGUGUGUUGGCUCAGACCAGUGUCUAAGCCUCUGGCACCGACCUGGCUUUGGUCCUGGAUGCUCUGUCUGAGACUCCGUUUGAGCCAUUGGUGUACAGCUGAUGGUCUUUUCCUACAAGACUGCCCUGCUCAUGGCCUUGGUGUCGGCCAAGCACGUUGGAGAUCUCUGCGCGCUAUCAGUACACCCUCCCUGUUUUGUUAUGCCCUAAUGCAGCUUUUGCUCCCAAGGUUAUGCCUAUAUCUUACAGGUCCCUGGCUUUCGAGCUGUUCCCUUUCUCACCUCCUCCGUUUGCUUCUGGUGAUCAACAGAGGUUGCAUGGCUUGUGUCCGGUUCGCACUUUCCGCACGUAUAUGGAUAGGACGAAGGAAAUCCCUGUUUGUGACCAGCUUUUUGUCUGUUUUACUAAUCGAGCUCGGGGUAAGGUGCUUUCUAAGCAGUGUCUUUCUCCCUGGCAUAUGACAGCAAAGGACAAGGGUUGCCUACCGGUGUGCAUGCUCACUUCACUAGGGGUGUGGCGGCUUCUUGGGUAUUGUUCAGAGGCAUGACGAUUGGUGAUAUCUGUGCUGCAACCAGUUGGCGUUCCCCACAUACCUUUGUGAGGUUUUAUCGCUUGGAUGUAACUACUCCCAGGGUGGUUACCACAGUUCCCUGUGGGUUUGAGCCUUGGGCUGCCAUGGCAGCAUGCGAGUACACAGUUUCCAGGUUACUGCAGGUUUCCUGGUUCAUCGACUCUGAUCGAUGCUAUGCAGAGAGCGUGUGCGUUUUACCAAGUCACGACAGGUGUUCUGUUGUUUUGGUCUUGCGGUUCCUUGUACGAGUUCUGACAUUUCAGGCUCACAAGCUAAGUAUUUUUCUUGGAACCGUGGGGUCUAUGGACUUGGGCUGCAGUGGCAGCGUGUCAGUGCGCAUAGCCAAGUUGCAGCAUGUUCUGGUUCCCUAUAUACUGUAGGGCUCUGACAGUUCAGUCCUCAUGAGGCUCUGACAGUUCAGGCUUCUCGGCUAAGUAUUAGGGGAAAAGGUGGCUUCUGUAACCCCUUUUUGGAGCCAGUGGAACCUGUCUGUGCUUGGGCUAGCGUGGGCAUCCUGGUUUGGUACCUUCUGAGCUGGCUUGGGGCGUGAUUGUAUGUCCCCAUAGUAUGUUAUACACAGUGACCGAAUGAAAGGGAACAUACAGUUAUGAAUAUAACUACUGUUCCCUGAAAGAGGGAACGAGGUAUAACAUAUUUUAUCCCCGCACCGUCAAGGGGUUUGGGCUCGCUGAAGAGCGGUACUGAACUGAGGAAAUGAAUUUGAGUCCCGGUGUCAUAGCCAGGAAGGCGGGACUUCCGAGUUUUGGCUCGGUAUCCAUUGGCCCGUUGGGCGUGAUUUCAGUUUUCUUCAGGUGAGUAUGAUUGGUCGUUGACUCCCCAUACUAUGUUAUGCCUCGUUCCCUCCUUCAGGGAACAGAAGUUAUAUUCAUAUAACUGUAUGAUGUAGUUGCUUGAAAUACUUGGAAAAUCCUUCACCAAUAAAUUAAUAAAACACAGGGAUUCUAGGAUUCAGAUUUUCUUAGUAAAUCACUCAUCUAAGCCACAUAGUAGUUAAUUAAUUUAAGACAACUUACAGUGAGUAUCUAUUUCAAUUGCAUUGCAAAAUGACUCAAAAUGAAUAAACCCCUAACAUGGGCAUUUACCAUAAGAAAGCCUCAUCUUAAUUGCACUUCACAUGUUCUCUAUGUUUUGCCUUAAAUGCCUUAUAGACGUACUGCAUUGUGUAAUAUGCUACACUUAUACUUUAUAUAUAGCAUGAGCAUUAUAUUUAUCUGUGUUAUCUACUCUCUUUGUCUCCUCCAGCUCCUCCGAGGCUGUGUAUUGUUCUGUUCUUUGAUGAGAGGUAUUCUAUAGAGCCUUCAUGGGAAUGUAAAUUUGACAACAUUGAGGUGCGAGAUGGCCCCUUUGGCUUCUCCCCAAUAAUCGGGCGCUACUGUGGCCAGACCAUCCCUCCCUUCAUCAGGAGCAGCGGACGUUACCUCUGGAUAAAAUUUGUUUCUGACGGCGAACUGGAGGCGAUUGGAUUUUCAGCCAACUACAACUUCACUGCA